AUGUUAUUAAGAAGCUCAUCAUCAUCGAGUUGCAUACUUAAUUCAUGGAUAUCCAACGUCAGGACCCCAUUAUCAACGUCCAUUCAGCUUAAUUAUGAUGAAAAUUACUGUAAUUGCAAUAUGCGAGAAAUGGACGGCCCUGAUCAUAAGAAAAACAAUAAUCCCAUGAACAAAAUAAGCAUAAGGAAUUCUUAUUCCAACAUAGAAUUAUCAUCAUCAACUUAUAAUGAUGAAGUUAAGACGACGGAGGAUUAUUGCGCUGCACCGGAAGACGGAGGCGGAGGUAAAGUGUACAGUGGUGGGCGGUGGACCGGUGGUGGCGGAGGUGGAGAUGGUUCUGGUUCGGGUUCGGGUUCAGGUUCUGAUGAUUCAAAUGGUUGGCAUGGGAAUGAAAAUACAGAAGCGUAUUACAAGAAAAUGAUCAAAACUUACCCGAGAAAUGCACUUUUACUUGCAAACUACGCAAGGUUUUUGAAAGAGGUUAAGGGGGAUUUAGUAAAAGCAGAGGAAUAUUGUGGAAGAGCUGUAGUGGUAAAUCCAAGGGAUGGGAAUGUGUUAUCACUUUAUGCAGAUCUAAUAUGGUUAACUCAAAAAGAUGCAUCUCGUGCCAAUGCUUAUUUUGAUCAAGCUGUUAAAUUUGACCCUCAUAAUUGUUAUGUAGUGGCAUCAUAUGCUAGGUUCCUGUGGGAUGCUGAAGAGACUGAUGAGGAAUUGAAGUAAAAGAGCUAAGUGGAAUUAUAGUAU